GUUUCUCUCAUCACACCACAAGGGUUUAACCUUGAGCCUCUUCUGCUCCGGCUGGCUAUCCCCUCUGCCAUGGCCGUGCUCUUCACUGCUCCACUCUCACACCCACUUGUCUGAAACCACAGAUAAAAGCCCUUAGAACUUUGGGAUUUCUCUGGGUUUUGCCCCCAACACUUCAAAACGGCUCCUUCUAUAAGCAACUGCGGGGGCAAGCUCGGCAGAGUUGCAGAGAUGAUGACUUUGGGGGUCUCCACCACCCAAGCCUCUUCGUUGAGAACUUCUUGGCCUUCAUAUUUCUUUCUAUGGCGCUCCAAUUCUGUUUCUAACUCUUCUAUAUCCAUUUGCGCCUCCUCCAAGGCUCUGUACAGGUCUGAAUUUAGCUCCAUGAAGAGUGGUGAUGGUGCGUCUCCAACUCUGAAUAUGUUUCAUGCUUCAAUUCAGUGUAGAAAAAGUUCAUUCUUGAGCACCAAUUCACUUGUUGAAACUAGACAAUAUGACAAUGAAAGGGCGUUUCUCUCUGAUGUAAAUGCUUGGUCUAAAAGUACAAUGCAGAUAAAGCAAGAGAAGCACUUUAGGUUUAUGGAAUCUGGGAUCCUGACAAAGAGUGACGAGGAAAAGCUAAGAAAAAUGGAAAAUCUCGUUGGCUAUGGGACUGCGCAUUCUUAUAACCGUCCUCAAUAUUCUAAGGUUCAGUGUUUCAAUGCUAAUAAGGAUUCUGAUUGUAUAAACCCUGAAACUAAUAGGUUAUCAGAUGGAUUCAGGAAACAAGAACCUAUGAAUUUUGAACGAAGUGUGAGUGCUGCAACUAUAGAUAGGAAGACAGAUAGUGAUAGGGGACCUUCUAUUAAGACAUUCAAGGUUUCACGUGGUGAAUGCAAUGGUGACAUUGAUUCUUUUUCUGGGGGCCGGACUAUGAACAAGCCUGAAAAUAAUGAUUUGCAUAAUCAACUUGUUCCUAUGCGAAGUAACAAAAGGUAUACCAUUUCUCAAAAUGGAAAGGGAUCAAUUUCGCAUCAUGCACCAAAUGUUUCUCCUAAUGGCAGAAAGCAAAAUAUCUCUACAGGAAAGGUGAAUAAUGUACCAAAAUCUUUGAAAUUUAUUGAAGCUUCUAAUGAGAUAAAGAGAGGUGUGGACGUGGAAGAAUUUUCUGAAAUAACCAUUAAUGGAACUGGCACCAAGAUGAUGGAAGCACAAGCAAAUGAUCAUAAGCCAGAUAUAAAGGAGAGGCUGAAUUCUGUAUAUGAUAGCGUGCUUGUUGUUGAUAGUGUAUCUGCAGCAAAGGAAGUUGUUUCAAUGCUUACUACUAAGUACAAGAAUCUUGUGCAUGCUUGCGAUACUGAGGUGGCCAAGAUUGAUGUGAAGCAAGAAACACCCGUUGACCAUGGUGAAAUAAUAUGCUUCAGUAUUUAUUCAGGACCAAAUGCAAAUUUUGGGAGUGGAAAGUCUUGCAUCUGGGUUGAUGUUCUUGAUGGUGGCGGUAAGGAAAUUUUGCUUCAAUUUGCACCAUUCUUUGAAGACCCUUUGAUCAAAAAGGUCUGGCACAACUACAGCUUUGACAAUCACAUUAUUGAAAAUUAUGGGAUUAAGGUUUCUGGCUUUCAUGCUGACACCAUGCACAUGGCACGGUUAUGGGAUUCAUCAAGGCGAGCUAAUGGUGGAUAUUCCCUUGAAGCCCUUUCUGGCGAUGUAAAGGUCAUGUCCGGUGCUAAAUUGGGCCAUGAAAAAGAAUUGAUUGGAAAAGUAUCCAUGAAAACUAUCUUUGGCCGGAAGAAGAUGAAAAAGGAUGGAUAUGAAGGCAAACUUACAGUCAUCCCUCCUGUUGAAGAACUUCAACGUGAAGAACGGAGACCAUGGGUAUCUUAUUCUGCAUUAGAUUCUAUAUGCACGCUGAAGCUUUAUGAGAGCUUGAAAAACAAACUAUCUAAUAUGCCAUGGGAGAGAGAUGGAGAAAUGAUUCCCGAUAAAACCAUGUUCAAUUUUUAUGAAGAAUAUUGGCAACCAUUUGGUGAACUUCUUGUCAAAAUGGAAACUGAGGGCAUGCUGGUUGAUCGGGCAUAUCUUGCCGAGAUAGAAAAAUUGGCCAAAGCAGAACAAGAGGUUGCUGGUAACAGGUUUCGUAAUUGGGCUUCAAAGUAUUGCCCUGAUGCCAAAUACAUGAAUGUAGGAAGUGAUGCACAAGUGCGCCAAUUGCUCUUUGGUGGCACUCUCAACAGUAAGAAUCCCGAUGAGAGUCUUCCAGCUGAAAGGACAUUCAAAGUUCCAAAUAGUGAAAAUGUCAUUGAAGAAGGGAAGAAAACUCCUGGUAAAUUUCGGAAUAUUACUUUACAGAGCAUUCUGAAGGACAAGGUUCUUUCAACUGAAAUGUACACAGCAUCUGGUUGGCCGUCAGUAAGUGGGGAUGCUCUGAAGAUCUUAGCGGGCAAGGUCUCCGCAGAAUUUGAUGACUUUACUGAUGCCCAUGAUGACUUACAGUCUGAUAAUGAGGUUGACAAUGAUUCUGAGACAAUGCCUCAUGGGGAAAACAAAAAGCCCGUUAUUCAUGAAAGUGCAAAUAUGUCUGAUUAUGGAACUGCUUUUGAAGCAUUUGCAUCAAAGGAGGAGGGCAGGGAAGCCUGUCAUGCCAUUGCUGCCUUAUGCGAAGUCUGCUCUAUUGACUCUUUGAUAUCAAAUUUCAUCCUUCCCUUACAGGGAAGUAAUAUAUCUGGUAAGAAUGGACGUGUCCAUUGUUCUCUAAAUAUCAAUACAGAAACUGGCCGCCUCUCAGCUCGGAGACCAAAUUUGCAGAAUCAACCAGCUCUGGAAAAGGACCGGUAUAAGAUCCGUCAGGCAUUUAUAGCUGCACCUGGAAAUUCCCUCAUUGUUGCCGAUUACGGUCAGUUGGAACUUAGGAUUCUCGCUCAUCUGGCCAAUUGUAAGAGCAUGCUAGAAGCCUUUAAAGCUGGGGGAGAUUUCCAUUCUAGAACCGCAAUGAAUAUGUACCCUCAUAUUCGUAACGCUGUUGAAAAAGGAAGCGUGCUUCUUGAGUGGGAUCCUCAACCAGGUGAAGAUAAACCUCCAGUUCCAUUGUUGAAGGAUGCCUUUGGUUCUGAAAGAAGGAAAGCUAAAAUGCUUAAUUUUUCCAUUGCAUAUGGCAAAACCCCUGUUGGCCUUUCCAAGGAUUGGAAGGUUACUGUGGAGGAAGCAAGGCAGACGGUUGACUUGUGGUAUAAUGAAAGAAAAGAGGUUCGAAUUUGGCAAGAACUUCGAAAGAAAGAAGCCGAUGAGAAAUCGUGCGUUCGCACAUUGCUGGGACGAGCUCGUCGCUUUCCUUCAAUGAAGCAUGCUACUCGUGCCCAAAGAGGGCAUAUAGAAAGAGCUGCUAUCAAUACUCCUGUGCAGGGUAGUGCUGCUGAUGUCGCCAUGUGUGCCAUGUUGGAAAUAUCUAACAAUUCAGGUUUGAGGGAACUUGGAUGGAGGCUGCUUUUGCAGGUCCAUGAUGAAGUGAUCUUGGAAGGACCGACCGAGUCUGCAGAGGUUGCUAAGGCCAUUGUUGUCGAGUGCAUGUCGAAACCCUUCAGUGGAAAGAACAUUCUCAACGUCGACCUUGCGGUGGAUGCCAAGUGUGCACAAAACUGGUAUUCUGCCAAAUAGAUUUCACCAAAAAAAGUUUUCCAACCAAACUAACGUACAUCAAGCAACCAUCAGUUCAACUCUGGAUUCCUUUCAUGUUUCUGUUGGGUGGCUGAUGUGAAAUUUUCCCCACGUUGAUCCUCUCCUCCUUGAUGUGAUAAUAGUUCAGCCAAAUGGGGCUGGCUUGUGAGGAAUGAAUGAUAUGAUUCCACACCUCUUGGGGGCAAUUCUGUAAUUUACAUGUCUGAAGGUAGGCCUGUUCUUCUGUGUAUAGUAAGGUUUUUGGGUUUUCGGGAGAAAUUUUUUGUGAAGAGUUUUCUAUGUAACUCGAUUCUCCAAGUGUAAUAUUUUGUAAUGGAAUCUCUCUUUGUCAAUAUAACCAAUUAUCAUGUUAUUUUCAGA